UUCUCUUUUGUCGGGUUGACGACACCCUUCACUUGUUGUCUGGAGUGAGAGACUGUGUGAGGCCAGUCUCGCGGCCGCCAACGAGUGAUACUCACCCCACUCUGGAGGUACAACAGCUGUGGGCCACCGUCAUCGUGUAAACUAAGCGGCAUGAUGCUAAGACUGGAGGCGCUGAUGUUGGGGAUGCUGGUGGCGGGGGUGUGUCUGUCGCAGGAGGUGCCUGGCCUUGCCAACCUGGAGAUAUUGAGGACAGCCCCGCGGGUUCGAAUCACCGGAGCCGUCCCUGACCCGGAUCUUCCUCCUUUACCGUCGGUUCACCAUAGCGAUCUCAGGCGCUAUGAUGUCAUGCUCGACUAUGACUAUGAUUAUGCUGAAGAAAGCAACGACGACAGAGAACGUGUUUCUAAAGGUCUAAUUACUACAACGUUAGAGCGUCCUCAGAGUUCUGAAACUAUGCUCAGUACGGACGUCACUGACUACGCCAUCUUGUCCUUAGACAGCGAAGAAGACACUCAUCCACAAGAGCCUCCUGCCUUAGAUGUUCCUCUGAGGCUGAAGAAUCCUUUACUCUUUACACCCACUAACACCUGGGAGUCAUCCUUAAUUACACUCGAACGGACGCCUUUGGGUACAGUCGACCAGCUGCCCUUGGGUACAGUCGACCAGCUGCCCCUGGGUACAGUCGACCAGCUGCCCCUUGGUACAGUCAACCAGGGGCCCCUAGAUACAGCCGACCAAUUGCACUUGGGUACAGUCGAGCGACUGCCCCUUGAUAUAUCCGAUCGGCCACUCCAGGACAUAUCUGAUCAGCCAAUCCUGGAGAUAUAUGAUCAGCCACUCUUGGACAUAUCUGAUCAGUCAGUCUUAGAUACAUCCGAUCAGCUAGGUACAGCCGAGCACCCGCUUUUAGAUACAGCAGAGCUGCCGCUGAUGCAGAACAGCGGGGAAUCCACUCUAUACCUAAGGGCUGUGCCGGCCCCAGUGAAAGCUGAAGAUUAUUUAAGGAGUGACGGAGGACAGAAACAAACACUUGUCAGCAGCCCCUCAGUCACUCGUCACCAGAUCCCUUACAGUAAUACAUUCGUUGGCGGGUAUUACCCGGAAGAAUCAUAUCCAAUGGAAAAUGGUCGAAUUUUCAGUUAUCCUACAGGUAUUUAUCCUUCGGGCAGUCGUGCGGAAAAUAACUAUCAGACAGCUCGUUCUCUACCAGGGACACGUCCGUUGAUUUAUUCAUCUGUAGAUCCCAAUUCGUACUACCUUGUUGAAGGCAGUGCAGUUAAGAGAACUAGAAUUGGCAGCCGCACUGGAGCUAGGCGGGUUGAAGAGGCUCGUAGUGGAGACCCGGCACACCGGUAUACCACAACCUUGCACCGUCACGCAACCCAAAACCAGAAUUACUACCCGUCAGGCGCCUACAAUAUCGGACAACCGCAGCCGAAGUAUUACAUUACUGCUUCCCAAUUGACUGAAAGCGAUGAUCCCAGGUACGUGAGAACGACCCAUGACACUCUAUCACGCUCUCGUCCUGUGUCUCCAAGAUCCCAGACCAAAGCCCCCACCUCCCCACCCCACAGCUCCGCCAAGAAGACCCCCAUUUUAUCAACACCUGAGAAGAGGAGAGCUAACGACUCGCCAACUCUGAGAAGUCUUCUUGCCAAUGUGGAUGCAAGGAGCCGGGACGAAGCUAUGUAUUAUACUGGAUUGCAGAGGGAGAUUGAAAAGUCUAACGUAUUACUCGAUGCCAUAAAAGAUGUGAGGACAAGAGAAGGAAAGUCUGUCAACAGCGGUAAAGUUAAGCAAACCACCACAACCAUCACUCCCGUUCCAGAUAUUAAAGAAGUCAAGAAUAAGUUUGGUAGUCACCCUCUGUAUGACAAACUACAGCGACAGUCUUCCCUAAAAGUCAAGCCAGGACCAAUACUUCACAGAGAUACAUAUGACGACGAGGAGGACGAGUACGAGAACUUGUACAUCCCUGUCCGCACUAAGUCGCUGGAGCUGGAGGAGAUCCACGAGGCGAGAGAACACUUCAGUACCCUCGUGCCCAAAGCAUCGUCUAAGCCCCAUCCUAUCCCAAGACAACCAACACAUCAAAGACACGGCCGCUACCGACUUCCGGUCACCACCUACAAGCCUCGCUACGUGCCCAAGUUCAACAAAAAUGUGAAAUAUGUGACAUCACCCCAACCAAAAUCCCAACACAAGCUCCCAUCAUCGCCCCAGGGCAAAAGUCACCGCCAACCGAAGUCGAUCAGUCCACCUCUCAGGUCGUCUAAGUAUCUGUCGCAAAACACACAGUCCCACAGACUUCCUCCAGUCUACACGCCUCACACCUCGAGGAGCCACACCUCAUCGAGUUCCAGAGGAAACUUACCUAGUCCUAUAAGUAACACGUUUUCGAACUCUCAGAACUAUAAUCCACUUAUUUCUAGAAGCCAGAAUCUUUCUAUCAAUAACAAUAAAGGAUAUUCCUCCUCUAGUAGUCAAAGACCACUGAGUUCUCGGCAAGAUCCAUCUCUAAGAUAUAGAAACCAGGGUGAUUCCAACUCAAAAAGCCCCAACUCUCCUAUCUAUAAAUAUCACAGACCUUCCACUCACAGAGAACAGAGAUCUCCCAGCGUCAGAAGCCAUACCACUUCUGGAGCUGAGAAGACCCAGUCUCCUACACUAGGAGAUCCUGGCUCUAGCAGUUUCAGAAGCCACAGAGUUUCCAGCUCUGCGUCACCUCCAAGGCUGCAGAGGCAAACCUUCCCCACCCCAGCAAACUCAGAUGAAGAAAGCAGGACUCAUGAAAGCCAUAAGCGUGGUUAUUCCAGGCAUCCUAGCAGUAGUCUUUACGAGGACUCCUUAAUUCUUCGUCUCCCCGAACCAGAGGAGAAGGUAAGGCACAAGAGGGGGCCCGACAUGGAAGCUCUUUUUGAUGCCAAUGUGAAGUUCCCCAAGCACGGCUACAACAUCGACGAGUACUUCACGGGUUUUCCCAAGUUUGGCUUCUUUGACUACGAUCCAGAGAAGGAAGCCAGUUAGUAAAUAUCAUCCUUGUUUAUUUAAUAUCCUAGUGGCUUUUCAAGUCCUGUAUAACUCUGCUUCGCUUUAUUUCUCCCUGUUAUGUGAGUUGUGGCAUAGUUAAUUUAUUACAUUACAAGUUAUAUGUUUACCGAGAUAAUGAGACCAUUUGUUCCAUAUGAAUAAUAAGACAUCGAGGCUUGGUCAACACUGUGAGCAAUAAAGACUCAAGUUUGGGUUAGGUUAGGUUACGUUACUUUACGUUACGUUAGAGUACUAAAGACAGACUUGUUUAUAUCUGAGUACUAAACACUGCCAAUGAAGGUGACUGGUUAAAUAGGCCCCAACCCCAACAGCUCCUAGUCUCAAUAGGCCCUAUGCUAACCUAACCUAUCUAAUCAUUGGUAUUGGGGCUCCAGUCCAAAGGGGCUAUGGUAGGCAGGGAUCUAGUGGGACUGACCCGUCCAUCAGACUACCAUCCCUACAACACUUCAGCACCGAGAAUAAACUUACGAUAAAAUACUUAAUCUUAGACAUUAAUGACAAUGGUGGUCUUGGUCAAUAUUCAACCAGCUUAACUUAAAAGGUUGUAGUGAGCUUAAACUGAAGGUGUUGCUGUUUGUUUCUAAAUGUUGAGAAACAAAUUAUCUUCACACCGAGAUAUAUACUAUGCUAAUUAAUAUUUAAGCCACCAUUGACAAGACAUUAGAAGGAGUAUUGUACUUAGAUUAAGAAAAUCGUUCAAGUUUUUAGAUUCUAGAAAGAUUCUCAAACCCUUGAUAAAAAAAUAUUGUAUUUAUUAUUAUGGACAUUUUUAUUGGAUGUUUAAACUUUGUCAAAUAUGUUGAUUACUUAUUCAAACUCUAGCAUAGGAAGCGAGUCGAAAAUAUAAACACUUACAUAGUGACAGUUACCAGUUACCAGUUACAUACAAACAGUUGACAGUUAUUAGCAUAGAGAGGAAGUGCACAGUAGUGGCUAUCAUUCCCUCUACUAAUGGGUCAGCUGCUGGUGAACGAUGAUUUUCUUUAUAAACUAAAUAAGAAUAACAACAUAAAACACUUCUCCAUAAGAAAAAAUAGAGUAAACAAUUGAUAAAACCCCUUUGACCUACAUGACCCUUUGACCUACAUGACCCUUUGACCUACAUGACCCUUUGACCUACAUGACCCUUUGACCUACAUGACCCUUUGACCUACAUGACCCUUUGACCUAC